GUGGGUGGGGAGAGGUGGCGAGAGGGUUAACGCUCUCCCUGGCUGCCUGCCCGUUCUCACAUCAGCGCGGUGCAUUCCCCUACCCGUCUCGGAAGGAACCAGGAACAGCCCAGCCCUCAGCAACAGGUGGAAGGAGCGCCGCUACACUCGGGAGGCCGUAACUCUCUCCGUCCCUCUCACCACAUGUACACCCCAACUCCUCGCACUCCUCGCACUGUCUCUCCCCCUUCCCCCUCCACCUCUCGUCUCUCUCAACACACAUUCCUUCCCCAUCGAGAACAUUUCCUCUUUCCCCGAACGUUGUGUCCCUUUUCACACUGACCCCGCCCCCCUUUCUCCCCGCCGCACUUUCUCUCCCUCUCCCCUCUCCUAUCCCACUACGUCUCCCCCCUCCCCCUCCCCCUCUCGAUCUCCCACUCCCACACACACACAUCCCACCGCACAGGGACCGGUCAACGUGACCGGCAUGAAGGUCACAAGACAGCGGCCGCCGGCUGGGACCGUGAGGAUAGGAGGGAGAGACUGAGAGAGGGCAAGACUCCCCAGCGGAUACCCACCCCCCGCACCAGGAGAUAGCGACAGGGGACCGAUAUGCUGGACGGACGGAGAGGCAGCGGGGCAGCGCAGUUCCUGGUGCGCGCAGAGACCCUGCCCCUGACUCCGGUCCUGACUCUAGUCUUGACUUUGACCUAUGCCCUGACCUUGAGCCCUGCCCCGGCGCAGCUGGGCCAGUCCUCCACGCUGACCUGCCACUUCAACCGGCCCCGGGCUUCCGACCUGGGCGUGGAGUGGAGCCUGCGGAACCCCGCCAAGACCCUGGUGGUCUACAGCUACUACGACGGGGCGAGUCAACCCCAGUACCAGGACGCCCGCUUCAUGGGAAGGGCGACCAUCAACGAGACGCUGCUCGACCUGGGGGACGCGUCUCUCCGCCUGCACAACGUCACGGUUCAGGAUGAGGGCACAUACCGGUGCAUAGUGCGCACCCGGGACUGGAAAACCGAGAUCGACACUCAGUUCACCGUUACAGCUCCUUUCAGCGUCCCUCGGGUGAGCUGUCAAGCCAAGCCGGAUUCCGUGGUGAGGCUGAUAUGCCUGGCGACAGGCGGCUACCCUUCCUCCAAGCUGAGCUGGCGCUGGGACAACGGCAGCGCGUACGGGCCCGGGGCCUCGGGUUCGAAGACGAUGCCGGCUACGGAUGGGACCUUCGGGCUCCGGAGCUGGCUGGACGUGGCGGUGAGCCAGGCGCCCGCCCUGCGGUGUGUGCUCGGCCUUCCCGGUAGCAACCGGUCCGAGAGCAGCCGCGCCACGUGCCCCGCCGGGAGGAGCGAGGGCAGCGUCUCCAUGCCGGGCCGCUGCUCAAACAACGACGGUUCCCCGGCCCACUGCUCUCCGCACCGACGCAUCGGCGUGGUCCUCAGCGCCGUGCUGCUGCUGUUGCUCGUGUUGCUGGCCUUACUGCCAGGGCGGUGCUGUUUGGGGGAGCGGGCGUGCGAGCUGUGCCUGGAGCGAGGGCCAUCCGCAUGAAGCGCCGGCUCAUCACCCGGGCCAGUCCGGUAACUGGAGACACUAUCACUGAUUGGCCGCGCAAGGCCAUUCGGCCCCGGAGACUGUUCCGCGGAAAGAGGAAGCCGUGCACCCUCUCUCUUGCAACUACUGGGCUAGGUGACGGCCGUUCGGCCCCUCUACAGCCUGACAGUAGGCAGUGACUCCCAUAAUCCAGCGGUAGACCCAGCCGGCCACAUGCAGAGAUUGUGAAUGGGGUGGCGCUGGUCUGGGCAAGCUUCACCUCGCUACCUCACCACGGGGACUGCCUGGUGUAACCGCGGCAAGGACCCUCGCCACACACAACAGUGGUUGCCCAGCGCGGUGGGCUCGUUUGCAACGGAGCUCUCUCUGUAGUGAAGGACACGGCGAGAGAGCAGGGCACCAUCACGCAAACUCUCCCAGGGCUGGUUAGUACAUGGAGUGUGAGAAGUUGCAGCCACUUUUCGAAUAUCUAAAGGGGCUGUUCCUUAGGUUUUGGCUACAUUUUAGCCCCACGCUCCUGAUAUUUGGGCACCCGGUACAGAGGGGGGAGGGGGAAGCUGGGCCUGGCCAAGAUGGCCAUUCGCUGUUCCGGCCACACCGGGGUCGGCGACUUGUCCCUUUUCCCGGCCUAUGGGCUCGCGUGUCCCUGGAGAGGGAAGACGCGGUGUCCACGGGGACUAUGGCCGCCUCCUGUGGACGCCGGUCGCCGCGAGAGGCCCGAGUGUAUUACUGUUGAGGAUGACAUUAUUUUAAAAUUGAUAACCGUUGUUUGGUGAACUGCCACAACGGCGGUUUUGAUCGUGUUGCCCUUUUGUAAAUAUUUGUUUUUGUUUUAUACUGAAUAAAAAUAUUUGUAUUUCUAAAAA